ACCGGGACGCGAAAACAAACGAGUUGCACCGACAGACCGAACCCAGCCCGUGCUCCGCGUGCCCCGAGGUCUCUGGAGCAGCGCUCGACUCCCGACCAAAGACGUUACGACGAUGGCGCCCCGAAACUGGAAGCGGCCGCUGACGCUCAUCUACAACGAUAACUACAAGUACGGCAACAGCCUGUAUUCGGGCGCGCUGGACGACAUCGAGAAACGCUACCAGGCGUCCCUGUCCAGGACGACCUUUAGGGCUGACCGCGGCGACCUCGGACUGAGCACCUUCUCCAGCUCCAACAUUGGUUCCGCGCCGGAGCCUUCCGCGGGACGGCCGGCCACCACCGCUACGAACGAGUCCGACCAUGCUCUUCUUUCGCCUUCUUUCUCGGCGCCAUCGCGGUCACCCGUGCGAUCCAUGCUGGACACCGACCACGACCUGCGCAAGGCACGCUCGCAGGGCGACUUCGGCCGGCUGCGCAGCAGCGCCCUGCGGCCGAACUCGUGGAGUGACGAGGAGGCGCUCAUGGAGGACCAUAGCUACAAGCGCAGGCAACGCCGUAGGAGGCAGGACAGGAACGAGUUCCUCCUGAGCUCUCCGACUGUGGCCGCCGGAGAGAACAUUGACUACUAUUUCGACAAAUGCCGGGAGCUGAAGAACGAGCUUGAAGCCCUACACGGCCGCGUGCUGGACGCGGAAGCACGCGCCCGCAGCGAGGCUGGCACGCUGCGCAACAAGGUGCAGACCGAGAUCGCCGAGCUCAGCGUCCAGCUCGAGGAUACCACGUCGCAGAACAACGAGCUACAGAAGGCCGUCAAGCGGCAGGCCAAGCAGCUCCUGGACCUGCAGGCGUACUGCGACGAGAUGCAGCGCCACCUGCAGGGUGCUGUGGAUGACCUGUCGACGGCCAACAAACGUUGCCUGGACCUCCAGAACGAGGUGGACAGCUUGCGGUCCAACCUCGAGUCUGGGCUGGGCAUGAGCCGAUACCCCAGUUUGUACGGAAUGCGUCACAUCUAGCCGCACGGGCCGGCUUGCCUGCGGCGAAAGGUCCUCCGGAGAAGAACGACACGCCAACAGCGACAACACAGCAAACAUGACCCUUAGGGCACACGGAGCAAGUAGAGACGCUAGCUCAAAAGAAGUUGUCCCGCACAUCAGAUGCCCCCUAGUGUUCCACAUGCCACAAGAAUCGUUUCAUGCAACGUUGCAUCAGCUGAAACUUUACUUCCUUCCACUAACGUCUUCCAUAACAAUUCUAGGGUGUUUAUUCACUGAAGGCCUUGAAGCGCACGAUCCGGUGACCAUUGCACAACGGCCGAUAUAUGUAGCAAUAAAGUGCUGUUCAAGCUUCCAUA